UCUCGCCUCGAUGGUUUCCGCGCGCGCGGCGGAAGUGACGUCAGCGCGUAGCGGCAGCGGCCUGAGGCGGGAGCGGCGGUUGGAGCGGCCUGAGGGGACGGCGCCAUGUCCUCCACGUCACAGAAGCACCGGGACUUUGUGGCGGAGCCGAUGGGGGAGAAGCCGGUUGGGACCUUGGCCGGGAUCGGGGACGUGCUGGGCAGGAAACUGGAGGAGAAAGGCUUUGACAAGGCGUACGUGGUGCUGGGGCAGUUCCUGGUGCUGCGCAAGGACGAGGAGCUGUUCCGGGAGUGGCUCAAGGAGACGUGCGGGGCCAACGCCAAACAGAGCCGGGACUGCUCGGGCUGCCUGCGCGAGUGGUGCGACGCCUUCCUCUGAGCCCCCAGGAACCGGCACCCCCGAGCCCCCCUGCACCCCAAAAACCCCCCCUGCGCCCCAAAACACAGCCCGGCGCCCCAAAAACCCCCGAGCUCCUGGCGCCUUCCAGCUGCCAGACUCCCCUCAGAGGGGCUGGGGGCUCCCCAGAACCAUCCUGGGGACUCCCCAAACCCCCCCAGGGACCCCAAAAUCACCUCUGGGGUCCCCAAAAACACCUCUGGGGACUCCCAAAUCCCUUCCCAGGACCCCAAAACCACCACUUGGGUGACCCAGACCCCCCCCCGGGACCCCAAAAUCACCUUUGGGGACCUCAAAAUCACCUCUGGGAACCCCCAACUUCAAAACCCUCCCAAGUCCCUCCAUGCACCCCCCCCCCCAAUCCCCCCCUCACCUCCGGGACCCCCAAACCGGUGCUGCCACCCCCCCAAAACUCAUCCCGGGGGGGGUCCCAAGGUGCCACCCUUCCCCCAUCACCCCAAAACCACCUUGGGGGGGUGAAGGGGGUCCCCACCUCCCCCUCCCCCCACCACAGGGUGGGAUUUUGGGGUGCCAUCCUCGCAGGGAGUUCAUUCGGGGUGCCCCCCCGCGCCAUUAGUGUUACUUUGGGGUACCCCCACCCGCGCCCCCCCCGCAGGGGGUCUGUGUUACUUUGGGGGUACCCCCCCCCGAGUUUGUUUCUAAAAUGAUUUUCUAAACAAUAAAGGUUUUGCUGUGCCGCA